UUUCCAGCAAACCAGCGCCCAGUGGUGAUCGACAAUGUCGAAUGUUCGUUCGGUUGUGUUGUUGAUUAUGUGCGCCAUUUUUGCCCGAAACAUUGUAUGCCAAAAAUCUUCGUCGAAUAACCAGGGAAAAUCCACGUCGUACAAAAUCCGUCUCACCAAGGCCGUCUGCAUCAAUCAGCCCUACGAAGUGGCCUGGAAUGUGACCUGCCGGUUGAAACUGGUCCGGGAUCAACCGUCGAAGAUGCUGUUCUCCGUCACCGUGGACCAGAUCGAUCAGCUCUAUCUGACCUUUGCCAUGUACUACAAAUAUCAGGUCACCUAUCAACCGCUGCUGAUGGACACCACCUUCGACGUUUGUCGCACCCUGAAGAAGUACAACAGCCGCAGUAAGGCGGGAACCACGGGUUUGGAUUUGACGGCCAUGUUUGUUAUAGGAAUUCUGGAAAAGAACCAACCGGCGCUGAUCAAGACCGGAUGUCCUUUUAGGGGAGUGAUUCAGCUGGACAAUUUCAUCAUCGAUGAAACGAUGGCCCCAAAGUUCCUUCCUGGUGGAGAUUACAGACUGGAUAUGCACUACUACAAUGAGAAGAACCAAACCGUAAUGUACUCACAGGUUUUCGGAUCUGUUCGUGCUGUUGGCAUUACCGAUCUGUCGAUGGGAUGAAUGGGGGUAAUCAAAUGACACAUAUUUUGAUCAAUAAACAUACUUCAUACUUUAAGUUUGUUUCGGAAAACCCAUCGACGAGUGAUGCAGCUAACAGUAAACUCGAAGGGGAAAAACGGUAUGGCGCCAACCGAAACCGAUAGAAACCAUCCAAAUACCAAGCAUUUCCCACAUUCGUUUUCCACUUUUUCACUGGAAACACUAAUAACAAUCAAAAAUGGAAAUAAACAAUACACACCCAUAGAUGGAACCGGGCAGCAAGAGCACAGCAAUCCACUUUCAUUGAAAAGACUUCGCUUGAAGGAAUACAAAAUUCACUGCCCGAACGAAACUCUGUCUUGGCAUGUAAAC